ACCAACAACCGCGUUCUUCUAACGGAGGUCAAUCAUCGACGGAUCGGUUGCUCCUUCACCAUGUACUACAAAAGGCGCGACUAUCCUGCCCAGUCAAAGCUACAUUAACCAGGGAGGAGCUUGAAACGGCGACAGAGGAUUUACUGCAACAUUUGUCCUACCUUGCUCAGACUGGCCAAAUUCCGCCAGACGCCAAAACCACCCAGCCCACAGAAGAGUCUUCUACGUUUGUAACUGACGGAGGUCGAGGAUCCACUCCAGUGCGGGAUCCACCUUCUGAAGAUCAAGAAUUAGCUGAAGAGGAAAAACCAAAUAACGAGGGCCUCCAUCUCCUCUCAUGUUGCAAUUGAUGGAAAUUGGAUUCUCGAGAACUUCAGUCGAAAUGGCUUUUAAAACAUUGGGGAGUGAAAGCGUGUCGAGUAUUGAAGAUGUUAUCAACUGGUUAUUGGAAAAUCCGGAUAUGUCGGGCUCAGAGAUGAUGGAAUCGGACGGAAGGGAGGCCGCUGCCGUUGAGGGAUCAGAGGCAGUUCUACAGCCGAUAUCUUCAUACCUGCGUCAAUCAGACUUUGCCAGCAGCGACGAUUACGCGGCCUACAUUCGCGAUCAUAUUGCCAUUGGGAUGCACGUCCGCUGUUGUCGCAGCUACGAUGAUCUUGGUGAAGGCGAUGUCGGGCACGUGGUUCAGCUUGAUCGUGAUGGACUUCACGAUUUGAACCUCCAAGUUGAAUGGCAGCAAAAAGGAGGCACUUAUUGGGUCAGAUACGUUCACGUUGAAAUAAUUGGAUUUGUAAAUCCGGGCACAGCUAAGAACUCGAAAUCGGCAAACAUUGGCGUCGGCGAUCGGGUUCGCGUCAAAGCACAAAUAGCUACGCCAAAGUAUAAGUGGGGAUCUGUCACUCAUCGCAGUGUUGGUGUUGUGAUUGGAAUUGAAAGCAAUGGCGACAUUACAGUCAAUUUCCAUGAACAAAACCGUUGGACCGGAUUAUUGGCCGAAAUGGAGCGCGUCGAACCAUCGGAAUCGAACGUGACCGCCAACCCUCCGUCCCUCCAGUUGGGAUCUUUCGAUAGCGCCACCGUAGCUGCAACGUUGCAAGAUCUUGGAGAAACUUCACUGGUGGUGGCUCAUCCACUUGUCCUGUGCGACGGCUGUGACUUGAUGCCCAUUCGAGGGCCACGGUUCACCUGCCGAGUGUGCGAGGAGUUCAACCUUUGCCAGCAGUGUUUCAAUUCGACUAGCAUCGGGCAUCGCCAUCCAUUCAACAGAAUUGGGCAUCCAGGUGGAGCUUCGGGUUUACGCCGGUCGUCCUGGACGGAAAGUCCAACCUGCGCCAACAGUCAAAGAUUUCAUGUGCAAACUCGAACGAACGCAGGACUCAUUACUGACUGGGAGUGCUGUGUCAAAUCUCUGUGGGUCUCCUCUCGUGAAAACUGGGCCCACAGACUACUGGAUCGCACGUCUAGCUUUUGGCAGAGCUGUGGAAUGCAGGGCAAGCAUUGGAUUCGGAUGGAGUUGCAUCCGGAUGUCGUCGUCCAUUCAUUAAAAGUGCUGGUUGAUCCAGCCGACGGAAGUUACACUCCAUCUCUCUUAAUAAUAUCAGCAGCGGAUUCUCUGAGUGGGAUGAAAGAGGUGGCCGCUGUAUCGGUUGGAUUGCAGGAUACGUGGGUGAGUCUCGUGUCACCGCAGCAAAUGCAGCAACCUUAUCGGUUCAUCGAAGUGGCCAUCAAGCAAUGCCGCAACGGAGGGAUCGAUUGCAAGGUUCACGGCAUUCAAUUGGUGGGGAGAAACGUCGGCAAUUCCUUGCCGCUGGACGACAGUGCGGCAUUGGCUCGACUGCUACCCCCAGAUUUCGAAUUCGAACAGGGAGAUUCUGCGUUCAACAAGAGCCAGCAAUCAGUCAUUCAACCCAUCAGCUCCGUUAGCGGCGCCAAACGAGUCUACGUGUGGGGUCUAAACAACAAAGAGCAACUCGGCGGCCCUAAAGGUUCCAAAAUCAAAGUCCCUCAAGCCGUCGACUGGACGGUUUCACUUCAACCAAUCAGUGUGGCCGGAGGAUCGAAAUCGCUUUUCCUCGUCACACAGAGUGGCAAGGCCUAUGCUUGCGGAGAAGGUAGCAACGGACGACUGGGACUGGGUCAUUCGAGAAACGUCAACUCGCCACAUCAAAUCACCGCUCUGUCGCAGCACGUCGUUCGGAAAGUAGCUGUGCAUUCCGGCGGACGCCACGCCUUGGCUCUGACCGCCGAUGGCCGAGUAUUCUCCUGGGGUGAAGGGGACGAUGGCAAACUCGGCCACGGAGAUGUCACUUCCCUGGACACGCCCCGUUGCAUCGAAGCUCUCAAUGGAUUUCGCGUACGAGACGUGGCUGCCGGAAGUAACCACAGUGCAGCAGUCACAUCAUCCGGUGAAUUGUACACGUGGGGUCUCGGAGAGUACGGCCGUCUGGGACAUGGAGAUAACCUCACACAGCUGACACUCAGCAAGCGCGUCGAGUCCCUGGUCGGCCAGCGUGUUGUUCAGGUGUCGUGCGGGAGCAGAGAUGCCCAAACUCUGGCACUGGUCGAAGGAGGACUCGUUUAUUCCUGGGGAGACGGCGAUUUUGGCAAGUUGGGACGCGGUGGAUCUGAGGGUUGCUCAUCCCCUUGUCUGGUGGACAAACUCUCUGGACUGGGAGUCUGUCACGUGGAGUGCGGUGCCCAAUUCUCAGUUGCAUUGACCUGCAACGGACACGUCUACACCUGGGGCAAAGGGGACUAUUUCCGUCUAGGCCACGGAUCGGAUCAACACGUCCGUUGGCCAACUUUAGUGGAGGGUCUCAGAGGCAAAAAAGUGAUUGGAGUGUCGGUUGGAGCUCUGCAUUGUUUGGCAGUCACCGAUGCUGGACAAGUCUUUGCCUGGGGAGAUAAUGACCAUGGCCAACAAGGCAACGGGAGCAUCACAGUCAAUCGACGUCCAACUCUAGUUCAAGGCAUAGAUGGAAUUAAGAUCACGCGGGUGGCUUGCGGAUCGUCGCACAGCGUCGCCUGGACGGCACCCGAACCACCAAGUGUCGCUCCGCCCGAACCCGUUCCGUUUCCCACCAUCAAAGAUCCUUUAGGCUCUUCUGCAGCUGGAUUGACUGAAAGUUCGGCUGAAAUGGGACGCAACUCUACGCAGCCGACUAAAGAAAACAAUGCGUCGCUGAGCCGGGCAUUGCUGUCGCUGAGCAGUCUGGAAGCUCAGCAGCGCGCCCUCCAUUGCGUUUUGUAUUCGAUGCAAAUCCAGCUGUGCCGCGAUGCCGUCGUCGGCAUAUUCAGCCAACAGGCCGUGGUGAAUGGCGACUCGCCAUCUCAGACGGGACAGGCCCAGCUCUCGCCGACCGACAGCAUCAACGGAGAAGCUCCCGUCGAACAGUUUGACUGGACUAAAUUGAUCAAACACAAGGAAACGGCGGCGUUGUGGGAGCUCCUCAAAUUGUCCAGCUCGUCCUGCAAGCCGACGUCUUCCGAGGCCCGGACAACUUUGUCCAACGCUCUUCUCGCUGCCGCGGCGGAAGAAUCGUCGGUUCGCGAUUUAUUGACGGAAUUCUGCGUUGCCGAAUUGGAGGAGGUGAGCGAAGGCACUAGCAUUCAUCAUUUCAAUGCCGCUGGAUUCGGCGUUGGCCUGGGUUUCCCUCAACCAAUUGUCCAGGAAUCAUCGCAUCCCUACACCGACGAUGUGACGCUGACUGGACAUGUCGUGUUGCCUGGUGCGGAAUCGCUGCGGGUCGAGUUUGAUCGCCAGUGUUCGACAGAAAAGCGACACGAUCCGCUGACCCUCUCUGACGGAGUGGGACGUAUACUAGCCAUUCGGUCAGGAAGAGAUUGGGCUGAUUGGUCACAAGAAGUUCGCGUUCAAGGUAAUGAAUUGCGUUGGCGAUUUACUAGUGACGGGUUUGUAAAUGGCUGGGGCUGGAGAUUUAUCGUUUACCCAGUUAUUUCACCAGGGGCCACAGCCAGUGGAGAAGUCCAAAGUGAACGUCUGUUACUAGCGCGACCUUCCGUCUCGGUGGUUGCCUGUCUGCUGGAUCCUCUGAUUAAAUAUCUAAUAUGCUCUCAGUCCCGAAAAGGCCGUUUACCAACCAGACUGGCCAUGGCACUCGCCGGGUGUGCUCAACGAAGUGGUUCUUUAACUCCUAAAGACCGAAUGUGGGCUCUGCAACGCUUGCGUAGAAUACUUUCCACGCCCGGCACCUGCUGCGAUGCCUCGCCCGCCGUGAUAAGUCUUGAAUCGUCAGAAAAUCCUGUUGCUCGAUCGGCGGUAUCUUCGGCCAUGAUGUCACCGCGAGACAUAAAUCACGGCACACUCGGGAAACUGUUGAGAAACCUCCCAGAAAUGUUGUUGCAACAAUACGAAUACGAAGAGGCUGCUGUGCGCGGAGGCCAGCAAUUGUUGCAUAGCCCUUUCCUCCAAGUUUUGAUUGCGCUAGCCUGCGAUCUUCGCUUUGAUCGAUUGCCGAUUUGCACUAAUGACGGAUCACGCUGGUCAUGGUUUCGAAGAUAUUGCGCGGCGGCCAGAGCAGCUACGGGACUCAUGCAAAGAAUACGGCUGCCGGAAUCAUUUACGGCCGAUGUCAAGAGAAAAAUUUCGGAAAUUCAAAAUGACGGGGCCAACGUGGGCAACGAUCAUGAAGAUCCAGCCGUGUUUAGUCAUGAGCACGAUCAGCAAUUGUUACAAUGGAUGAACAGUCCCCCGGAAGAUUGGACGCAAAGCUGGACGGCCGUCGGAGGAGGUCAAAUUUACGGUUGGGGUCACAACCAUCGUGGGCAGCUUGGUGGCGUUGAAGGGGCUAAAGUCAAAGUGCCGACAGUGUGUGAAGCGUUGUCCGCCCUCCGCCCCAUCCAGCUGGCCGGUGGCGAGCAAACGCUUUUCGCCAUUACGUCCGACGGAAGAGUCUACGCCACUGGAUAUGGAGCUGGUGGUCGGUUAGGCAUAGGAGGAGCAGAGAGUGUGACUGUGCCGUCACUCUUGGAAUCCCUGCAGCACGUUUUUGUUAAGAAAGUGGCCGUUAACUCUGGAGGCAAGCAUUGCCUUGCACUCUCGUCCGAAGGUGAAGUCUACAGCUGGGGUGAAGGAGAAGAUGGCAAGUUGGGUCAUGGAAACAAGCUACCCUGUGAUCGACCCCGAAUCAUUGAAUCACUUCGUGGCAAAGAUGUGGUGGACGUCGCUUGUGGCGGGGCCCACAGUGCAGCCAUUACCGCCUCGGGUGAAUUGUACACUUGGGGCAAAGGUCGCUACGGUCGACUCGGUCACGGAGAUUCGGAUGACCAGCUGAAGCCCAAACUAGUCGAAGCUUUAUUACGUUAUCGCGUAACGGAUGUCGCUUGUGGAUCUGGAGAUGCUCAAACUUGUGCAAUCACCGAUGAAGAAGGUGGAACUGUAUGGUCGUGGGGAGAUGGCGACUAUGGAAAGCUGGGUCGAGGCGGAUCGGACGGUUGCAAAAUUCCGACCAAGAUCGAAAGUUUAUCGGGUCUGGGCAUCAUAAAAGUGGAAUGUGGAAGCCAAUUUUCGGUGGCCCUCAGCAAUAAUGGAUCGGUUUACACUUGGGGUAAAGGCGACUACCACUAUCUGGGACACGGAGUCGACGAGCACGUCCGUCGACCUAAAGUGAUGACCCUUCAGGGAAAGAAAGUGAUAUCCAUCUCAACGGGGGCAUUGCAUUGUGUUGUUUGCACCGACCAGGGCGAGGUCUGCACAUGGGGCGAUAACGACGAAGGUCAACUAGGGGACGGAACUACUACUGACAUUCAAAAGCCUCGACUGGUGGCUGCUUUACAGAACAAGAAAAUUAAUCGAGUUAGUUGCGGUUCAGCGCAUACUGUUGCCUGGAGCACCUGCAAAGGAUGUUCGACGCCAGUUGCUGGAAGCAGCCGCCUGCCAACCAUUAUACCCUUGCAAUAUGAUCUGUUGAAAGAUAUCCAAAUACCCGCGCUUCGUAAUCGUUUGCUAUUGCUGCAUCAUUUUGCCGAAAUCGUGUGCCCGAUAUUACCGAUGCUACCGCUGAAAACGGUCAACUGCUAAGACAUGGAUGGAAAUGUGCUGGAAGAAACGGAAGGAGUGCUUUGCGGAAACCACGAUAGACUGAGAGGCAUUCUCAUGGCGUCCGCCAAAGAAGCCGCUUUUCGCAAAGUUGUACAGGCAACGAUGAUUCGAGAUCUCCAACACGGUCCGGUGGUGGAACUGAAUCGAAUUGCCCUCAGACCGGGCAACGCGGGUCCAAAUUCCACUGUCUUUGCUCAGAUGGCCAACAAACUUUCUCUGCUGACUUACGACGUCCUCAUGUUGCCAUACAGGACGUGGAAAGUCAAAUUCUUCGGAGAAAGCGUCGACGACUGCGGAGGCGGAUACAGUAUCGCCGAAAUGUGCGAAGAAUUCCAAAACGGAAGCUUGCCACUCUUGAUUCUGACUCCAAGCGGUCGUGAAGAAGCGGGAACCAAUCGGGAUUGCUUCAUUUUGAACCCGAGUGCAAGCACUGCGCAGAACCUGAAAAUGUUUCAAUUCCUGGGCGUGUUGAUGGGAAUCGCCAUCCACACUGGCUCGCCGUUAAGUCUCAAUCUCGCCGAACCUACCUGGAAGGCCCUGGUCGGUUUACCUCUGAGCUUGAUUGAUCUGAAUGAAAUCGAUCGACACUAUUGGCCGGCACUCUGCCACAUUCACGACUGCAAAGACGCCGACGGCGAUAUGACACUGAGUCAACCGGAUUUACCCUUCUCGACGAGUUCAGCUACGGGGCACGAAGUGGCCCUUUCACCUCACACGCACCGGCGCAUCACCCGCGACAAUCGCGAUCUCUACCUCAAGCUGGCCUUGCAUUUUCGGCUCCACGAAUUCGACCCGCACGUGCGGGCCAUCCGCCAGGGGCUCAGUCUGGUCGUGCCUUUGCCUCUGCUCUCCCUGUUCACUGGAGCUGAGCUGGAAGCCAUGGUGUGCGGAUCACCGGAAAUUCCGCUGGCCCUGCUCAAAUCGGUGACCACCUACAAGGGAAUCGAGCCUCACUGCGCCCUCGUCCGCUGGUUCUGGGAAGUCAUGGAAGAGUAUAGCCACGUGGAGCGAUCCCUUUUCCUCCGUUUCGUCUGGGGCAGAACACAUCUACCGAGGACGUUGGCGGACUUUCGAGGCCGGGAUUUCGUACUCCAGGUUCUGGACAAGUAUAAUCCGGCCGAUUACUUCCUGCCGGAGAGCUACACGUGCUUCUUUCUGCUCAAGAUGCCGCGUUACUCUUGCAAAGCCGUUCUUCGCGAGAAGCUCAGCUACGCCAUCCACUUUUGCAAAUCGAUCGACAAUGACGAGUACGCCCGAGUGGCGGCUCCCGAGGUUCUCCUCAACCCACCUGCUCACGAAGACGACGUCGAAAAUGAAGCAGAAAACUAAGCCUUUUUUUAAAAUUUAUUAUUAUAAUUCACUUGUCCUCAAUGA